GAAAAGAUUCGAUCGUACAUCCAGUCCGAGCUACAAGCUUCAGUCCUUGACCAACUCGCCCCUCACUUGUGGUUGUUUUCCAGGAAGUCAGGCUCCCACAUUAACGCCUUACACCAGCUAUUUAGCAAAACUAGGAAAGUCGUGAUAAUAGAGGACCCUGGACUCCACCUAGUGUGGCACGAAGAUGUCUUUUAUGUCAAACCAAUCCCCAAUUGGCUGCUCUGCAGCGCUGUCUGGGAUCAGCAAUUGAUUGGAUUGUCAACCGUACCAAGUUCUCCGUCUCCAGCAUCAAUCUCACUAGCACAUUGUUCGGAUCUGACUAAAUCCGCCAUUGGCUUCUUGCGUUCCUAUUCCUGGCUGAUUCGACACCCCUCGGACUUCGCCCUGGCCCGGCAGGCGAACUUGGUUCCCGAAGGCAUUGAUGGGGUUGAUUUCGAAACUUUCAUCCGCACCUUUCGAACUCUCCCCGAUGCCGCCGUCACGGAGAGAUAUCACUAUGGGCAACUCCGGCUAUCUCGCCUCCACCUUGCGACCCGGCUCGUGCGGCCGGUGUCAGUGGUGGGAAUGAAACGGAGAAAAAUUUGGUGGUAUUAUCACGAGACAAGGUGGACGGCCGGUCAGUAUUUCAGGGACUACAUCACAGUUUUCAUUACUGCGUUCGCAGUCUUGUCCCUCGCCUUAUCCGGUAUGCAAGUGGCAUUAGCGGUUGAUGUGAACCAGCGCGCACUUGCUCGAGGGUUCUGGGGGUUGGCUAUCGCUGUGGUUGUU